AUGCCUAUCGAUAUUAAUGAAAGUAAUCAAAGUUUAUCAGAAAAAAAUAUUAAACCUACAUUUAAUGAUAGUGAGAUGCUUGAUUCUCAAGAUAUAACUACUUCUUCUAAUAAUAAAACCAAAGCCUGUUUAUUAGAAAAAAAUAUUAGAUUAGCAUUUAAUAUUAAUGAGAUGUUUAAAGAUAAAGUUGCUUUUACUACUAAUAAAACCAAAGCCCAUUCUAAUACUAAAAAAGUAAAAAAUAUUGAUUACAAUGCACCAAUCAAUGUUGAUGAUAGUAAUCCAACUUUAUCAAAAAAAAAUAUUACACAAAAUAUUAAUAGAAUAUCCAAAACUCAAGAUAUGAAUAUUCAAAACUUAGAUAUAGUUGCUCCUACUAAUAAUAAAAUUAAAGCCUGUUCUAAUGCUAAAAAAGGAAAAAAUAUUAAUCAUAAUACACUGAUCAAUGUUGAUGACAGUGAUCCAACUUUACCAGAGAGAAAUAUUAACUUAGCACAAAACAUAAGUAGGAUGUUCGAAACUCAAGAUAUGGUUGCUUCUACUAAUAAUAAAACCAAAGCCUAUAAACCUAAUGGCAAUAGUAAAAAGGCUAAAAAAGAAAAACAAGUUUAUCACAAUGCAUCUAUCAAUGUUGAUGAUAAUGAUCCAACUUUAUUAGAAAAAAAUAUUGGUACAUAG